AUGGCAGAGGUGGUGGCUGAAGUGGCUGAGGUAGCUGAGAUGCCGACACAAAUGUCGCCAAGGGUAGUGGAGAUGUCAGCACCGAUAUUAGGGGAGAAGAUGGAGAUGUCAAUGGAGCUGACUGAGAUGACACCUGGGGAGGCCCUUGCCUCCUCCCUCUUCUUCCAGUUCAUGUGCUCUGAAUGUGGAAACCUCUACAACACACUGGAAGACGUCCUCUCACACCAGGAGCAGCACGUGCCCACUGUCACAGAGGAGGAGGCACUGACCACCCAGGACACUGGCCUGGAGCCAGAGCUGGUGCCAGGCAUUGAGGAAGGGCCUUUCCAGUGCUGCGAGUGCAGCCAGCUCAUCCUCUCCGCCAGGGAGCUCCUUGCUCACCAAGACGCCCACCUGCGGGAGUCUGCAAGCCAGAUCCAGUACCAGUGUGGAGACUGCCAGGAGCUGUUUCCCUCACCUGAGCUGUGGGUGGCUCACCGCAAGGCCCAGCACCUUUCUACUGCAGCAGCUAAACCUCUGGUGCCACCGCCUCUGCCUCCCGUCACACCACCACCUCCACCCCCUGCUCCACCCGAAGUCAAGAUGGAGCCCUACGAGUGCCCCGAGUGUUCUACCCUCUGUACCACCCCCGAGGAGUUCUUGGAGCAUCAAGGCACCCACUUUGACUCUCUGGAGAAAGAAGAGCACAAUGGGCUAGAGGAGGAGGAGGAAGAUGAUGAAGAUGACAAUGAAGAGACAGAGGGAGAGGAGGCAGCAGCCGAGGUUGGUGACGAUGCAAAGGGAGGUGACAAGUCUGCAGCUGGCCAGGCCCAGGGCAGUGGGGAUGGUCCCCCACACUGUAACUCAGCAGGGACACGCCGGCGACAUCGGCGGGCAUCCCAUGGCCCUGCCUCAGCAGCUCACCCCUUCUACUGCAGCCAGUGCCAGCGCAGCUUCAGCUCUGCAAACCGGCUUCUGGCUCAUGGGCGGGCGCAUGUGGGUGGUACCCACGAGUGUACAACCUGCUCCAAGGUCUUCAAGAAAGCAGCCUCCUUGGAGCAGCACCUGCGGCUGCACCGCGGCGAAGCCCGCUACCUCUGCGUGGACUGCGGCCGCGGCUUCGGCACGGAGCUCACUUUGGUGGCCCAUCGGCGGGCCCAUACUGCCAACCCACUGCAUCGCUGCCGCUGUGGCAAAACAUUCAGCAACAUGACCAAGUUUCUCUACCAUCGGCGCACUCACGCCGGCAAGAGUGGGGCACCCCCCUCUGCCGCACCACCCACGGUAGCAUCUGCGGUGGCCUCCCUGGCUCCAGCCGAGCCCACACCUCCCCCGCCGGCCCCUCCCACCCCGCCCGCCCAGCUGCCCUGCCCGCAGUGCCCCAAGUCCUUUGCCUCAGCCUCCCGGCUCUCCCGGCACCGGCGCGCUGUCCACGGGCCCCCUGAGCGGCGGCACCGUUGCGGCGUCUGUGGGAAGGGCUUUAAGAAGCUGGUCCACGUGCGCAACCAUCUCCGGACGCACACAGGCGAGAGGCCCUUCCAGUGCCAUGCCUGUGGCAAGACUUUCGCUUCUCUGGCCAACCUCAGUCGCCACCAGCUGACCCACACAGGCGUGCGUCCCUACCAGUGCCUGGAUUGUGGCAAGCGCUUCACACAGAGCUCCAACCUGCAGCAGCACCGGAGACUGCACCUGCGGCCGGUGGCGUUUGCCCGCGCGCCUCGCCUUCCCAUCACUGGACUCUACAACAAGAGCCCCUACUAUUGUGGGACCUGUGGCCGCUGGUUCCGCGCCAUGGCGGGCCUGCGACUGCAUCAGCGGGUCCACGCCCAGGCACGAACCCUGACACUGCAGCCUCCCCGGUCGCCCCCUCCUGCCCCGCCCCCACCCCCCGAGCCUCAGCAGACUAUCAUGUGCACCGAGCUCGGGGAGACCAUUGCCAUCAUCGAGACAUCCCAGCCGUUGGCCCUUGCAGACACACUGCAGUUGUGCCAGGCGGCCCUGGGGGCUUCUGAAGCGAGCGGGCUGUUGCAGUUGGACACAGCCUUCAUGUGA